CGCAGCUCCCCCAUAUAUUCACGUUUCUGGUACAAAUGGCGGGUCGGGGCAAGACUCUCGGUUCUGGAGCGUCGAAGAAGGCAACAUCGAGGAGUAGCAAGGCCGGUCUUCAGUUUCCGGUGGGUCGUAUCGCUCGGUUCCUUAAGGCUGGGAAAUAUGCUGAGCGGGUCGGAGCUGGGGCUCCGGUUUACCUCGCCGCCGUUCUUGAAUAUCUAGCCGCUGAGGUUCUCGAACUAGCUGGAAAUGCGGCCAGAGACAACAAGAAGACCCGAAUCGUGCCACGCCACAUCCAGCUCGCCGUAAGGAACGACGAAGAGCUGAGCAAGCUUCUGGGCGAUGUGACAAUUGCCAACGGCGGUGUUAUGCCCAACAUCCACAACCUCCUCCUCCCCAAGAAAACCGGAACCUCCAAGGUCGCUGGUGGCGACGAUGAUUAAAUCAGAUGAGUUUGGAUUACCCUAAAAGCC